AUGGUGGCCGAGCCUAAGGUUGGCCCAGGGACGAGAGCAUCUCUUUGAACAAAGACCAGCUGUUGACAACCUCUUCGCCAGCACCUGAGCUACAUGGUCCUCUUAACAGAAAGCCCUGAAGCUGACAUGUCCACCAUAUCUGCGCAAGAAUCUCCAGGACUCCACAGUGUUCGUGAUUCUCUGCAGAUGGUGUGGGUCCUGAAGGGAAAGUCUUUAAUCGCGGUUCCUUCUAGCAGCAAUGUCAAACCUGUCACUAUUUGCUCAGCACCAUGCACAGACGCAAAGUACCACAGUGACGAAAAAGGCAAUCUGAUCUACCUGGGAAUCAAGGACGUAGAUCUCUGUCUGUUCUGUGCAAAAAUUGACGGCCAGCCUACUUUGCAGCUGGAGGAGAAGCAGAUAAUGGCCCUGUACAAGGAGAAGAAUGCGCAGGAGCCCUUUCUCUUCCUGCGCAGCCUAGAGGGCUCCACCUCCAGCUUCCAGUCCUUCGCCUACCCCGGCUGGUUCAUAGCCACUUCCUCCGAGGUGGGACAGCCCGUCACCCUCACCCAGGAGAGGGGCACCACCUUUAACACCAACUUCUAUUUCACUCCUGAGGAGUAAAUCCCGCCCAGGCUGUGCGUGGCUGAUUCCGGGCCAGAGGAUCUAGCAGUCGGAGAACUUUCUAGGUCACCGUCAAAGGCGCUGAUGCCCACUGAGAGCCCACCUCGGGCUCAGCACCCGUGUCCCCCACUGGAGCGGCCUCC